CUGUCCAAGAGCCACAGCGCACUGAGUGAUGCCAAAUCUGUCGGGAACCUCAGCGACGGGCGACUCCACCCAGAUGACCCAAACUCCAACACAACAGCAGGGGUAGGACCUGGGGCCCGCUUCUUCCCCGCCAGCUGUUUAGACCUCAACGCCCCUCCAGGUCCCCAGGGGCCCCCCGGCAGCCCCUCUGCUCGGCACACUGAUCGGUCUGGGCACAGCCCCGCCUCUCGUAGCAGCGGCAACGUCCGCAUGGAGAGCAGCACACUGGACUCCUCAUCCAGGCACAAAUCCAGACAUAAAACUUUAGCACCAGAGGAGGCCGGUGCUCCGGAGCUCUUGGACCCCGGAGGAGCAGGGAUGCCCUCCACUCACACCCUGCCUUCCCCACACGAGUCCUAUCACUACGGCUUGGGCUACACCUCGCCCUUCUCCUCCCAGCAGCGGCCUCAGCGCCACUCCAUGUACGUGAGGAGGGAGCGCCACCGACCACACCCUAUGGAGGGGGGGUUGGCGGUCUUGCCUACACCCGGGCAGGCGAUACCAACACGUGCCAGCAGCCUGCAGCUCCUCUCCCCCCAGCUGCAGCACCGCACCACCCUCACCGGACACUCAGUGAGCUCCUCCAGAGAGGACUGCACCGAGGACUUGACCAGGAGUGAGCAGUCACCUAAAGACAUGAGCCACCCUUGUGCCCCCAUCAAAGACUCUACGAGGGACAACACUGCUGCUUAUCAUACACAGCGCUCUAAAAACGAGGUCGGCUUGUAUCACGACCCUCAUGUUGAGGAUGUGGGAUCCUCCAAGGAGAACCGGAUGAUCUUCACUGAGUCUAUGCCUCGGAGAGUAGGCAGCUUCUACCGAGUCCCCUCCCCCAGACCCGACAACUCCUCCUCUUUCCACGAUGCUCUCGGUCAGGGUCGAGGGCCGGUUGUUUCCAAUUUGCCCGGAGACCCUGUCGUCAUGGUCAACCACUCCAAACGCCAGACGGCUUUUGACUGGACCGCAGCAGAAGCAAUGGUCAUGAAUCCUCCAGAGCCCGCCAAAGAGAAGGAGAAACAAGGCUUCUUUAGAGCCAUGAAGAAGAAAAAGAAGAAGACUCAAAUAACGGACACGGAGGACGGGAGGAACCCCAGCAUCAAGAAAAGCCUUUUCCCCCUCUUUAGCUCUAAGAAUAGCUUAAAGCACAACUCAGCUGUCAAAGUCCUCCCUGUAGUGGCCUCGCCCAUGGUACAGCACCAGCCUACCGUGCCCUACCCUGCCUCACCAGUUCCUGGAAAUGGACAAGAACACCUGUCGCUGCAGAGGAGCUCCAAAUCCUCCUCUCACCACGGCAGCCGACGGAAAAACCGUGAGAGAUCCCGAGACAGAGACCGGGAGCGGGAACAGAGCCGGGACCGGGACAGGGACAGAGAGAGAGAGAGGGAACGGGAGAGAGAAAGAGAGAGAGAAAGGGAGAGAGAGAGGGAAAGAGGGAGGGAGCGAGAGAGAGUUAAUGACUGGCAAACAGACAAACCAGUGGACUCACACUCUCAGAGUCAACCACUCAAGUCCCUCCGCAGGCUCCUUCACCUCUCCCCUUCCUCCUCAAAUCAAGGACAGCCUCCUCCUCCUCCUCCUCCAGACCUGCGCUUCCAAGCCCCCCUCCCCAACCCCCCUCAGCCCUCCUCCAAGUCGGGUUACCCUGAGGGCCGAGGGCACACCGAGAGCAGGGGGCACCCCGGGGUGAGCAGCUCUGCCCAGCCUAAGAGCCGCAAGCCCAGCUACCCCCUCCCCGGACAGAUCGAGUCCAGCUGGCACGUGUCUGCUCUGCAGAGGGCGGAGGGCGCUCAGUUCACCCCCGAACAACUGGGAAUCAAACCAGGGCAGAACGGACCCACCUUUACCCGAGCGUCCCGUGUCAGGAUGCCAAACCUCAAUGACCUGAAGGAGACCGCGCUGUAAACCCCCCGCCCACAAAACUACACCACCUCCUAAACGUCUCCACCCUGGAAGCAUCUGCCAGAUGCAGACAUCAUGGUACUGUAGUACAAGUUUACAUGAAAGCCUAUUUCAUUGGAUCUAGUCUUCAUUCAGAAACAUAGUCAUCUGUUUUCUGGAAAAUCCAACGACCAGACGCUGAAACACGAACACCAGUAACACUGUCGUUUAGGGAAGCAACGAGAGGACAUGGCCCACUCUGUCUGGGGAUGCCAGUACUGUAUCAGCUGUGUGUGACUGUGUGUGUAACAAAGAGAGGAGAGAUGACCUAGUGGCCUCUUUGCUGCCAUCUUCUGCUCACAGGACUCUACAGCAAAGUGACUUCUGUCAGGCCGGUGGCCAAGACACUCAAACGUUUUCAAGCUCUGUUAUUUGAUAAGAACAAAAAAAAAGUUUAUAUCAACAUUAUUUAUUAAAUAUAUAUUUGUUUUAAAUUCAAGGAUAUAAGCUAUAAAUGACACAGUAUGUAGGUUAUAUGGGAAUAUUAUAAGGUAAUAUAGAAUUAAAUGUGUAAUUGCAAGAGCUUUAGUUUCGACACAAAGAAAAGCAUAGAUAUGUAUGUGUUAAUAAUACAAUAUGUCAAAAAUUAUAUUUAAUAAUGGUGAAUGUCCUUUUUUGUUCAAUUUGAUAGGUUAUUUACCGAUUUUCACGCUUUAUCAUCUUAUUUUUACCAGUUUUUCUAUUUGUUUCAUCCACAUGUAUAGAACUAUUGAUGAAUAUUGUUGCCCAAAGUAAAAAAAUAUAUAUUUCUCUUCACAUCUAGACUAAAUCUGCGCUUCACCAUCAUGACUUACAGUAAGUUUUGGAGUUUUGUGACAAGUUGGGCUAUUUGUCAACAGGGUUAGGUAGCAGAACAUCAAUAGUGAGACUGUUGCGCUUUACAUAAGAAAAUGUCUGAUCAUUAUAUGUCCCAUUCUUGGUGUCACCAUUUUUUAAAUGAGCCCCAUUCUCAGUUCAUUUAUCAGUGACAAGAGCUUUCCAGCGCCGUGCUGCCACCUGCUGUGCUGUUGUUUUGGUCUACAGCCAGUAAAAAACAUCAAGACUUUGGCGGCCUUUGGUGGUGAAAAGUAAGCCUUAUGAAAUGAGGCAGGACUAACUCAAGAACAACGUGUAACUGUGCAAAAUAGGGGGAGAGCAUUCUGCAAAAGGCAUACAUCACCUACAACCUUUAAGUAAGGAAGGUUAAGUCUGCUGGUAUUUUAUAUUUCUUGUUUGUUGACAAAUCCCAUGAAAACAAAAAAACCAAUAAUAUAUUUAAUAUAUUAACAAAUCUUAAGCCGUUUUCAUAAAACUAAUAGGAAUACAUAAUUGAGCAAUUACCAUAAACAUGGGCACUGUAGUUUAAUUUGAAUCAAUCCCUCAUGCUGUCCUGCUGCUCUAUUUGCUCACCAUAGAACCAACUGUGUAUUAAUCCGCUGCUGAAAAUAGUUCCAACAAACUCACUGUUGACCUGGAUUUCUUUACAGUUUACUCAUAACCGAGCAGCCCAGCUGUUUAUGGAACUUCUUUAGACGUUUUGGUUUUGAAGAUCUGAUGAUCAAGUCCAGAAAAAAAGUUUCAACAACAUUGUGGAAUUACUCAUAUUAUAUUACUCGCAGCCUGUAAUGUGAACACUUCAUUUCAUAAUUAUGUUCUCACAACUUUUGAUAUUACAGAUAAUAAUAAUAAUAAUAUAAUAGUUACCGCAAUUAUCACUUUCCAGUGAUUUAAAAUAAGACUGUUUCAGAGUGUUAUAACCUUUGUGCAUUGUUUUGGUAUCUAAUAAGCCUUAACACGCAAACAUUUCUUACUCCAACUGGCUCCCGUAUUGUAUUUCAAUACUCACCGGUACCUGAAGUAAUAUGCCCCCAGCUGUGGGUUUAUUCUUUUCAUGGGAUUUGUCAAAAUUAACAAAGAUAUUAAAUAACACAAGACUUAUCUUUUAAUGUUUACAUUGUUCAUGUGCAUUUAAAAAGCUUGUGUUUUCAAAGUUUUUGUAAAUGCCUUUUGUAAAUCUGAAUUUGGUUUUGCUACUGUAUUUGCAUUACAACUUUUAUUUUGUAAUAUUGAUAGUCAUAAUCAGGGAUGAUUUUACUUAACUAGGUUAUUCAUAAAAAGCAUUUAAUUGUUGUCUACUGACCUGUGGAUGAUUACAAACAAAUAAAAUAGAACAAAACACUGUUAGUGGCCUAGGAAGAAUAUACAGCAUAAUUUUCCUUCCAGUCUCAUCUCAACCCUUCGUUCCUUCUUCUUCCUCUGUGGUUCUAAAGUUUAGUGGAGAAGCUUGUAUAUCACAGGAGACAACAAAGAAGAAUGAAUGCAUUUGUGUAAAAACUCUAGACAUCUGUGGACUUUAGAGAAAAUGUUUGAGAAAUUCAUGUGUUUUGUUUCUCAUCUGUUGAGAGGAUGAAUAUAUACAAGCAAAAAAGGAAUGAACAAAUUGACUAUAUGGCAAUAACAUUCAGAAAGAGACUGAUGCAGAUUGUUCUGGCAAAGUUAAAAGGAGCCAAAUAGCACAGAAGAAUUGUCAUAAGGAAACUGUGAUGAAAGCAAGAAAAGUGUGCACAUAUAAUAUCAAGACAUCGCUCUGCAAUACACUUUUUAUUUACAAUUUCACCUUGAACAUGACCCAGGGCUAUAAAACUGCCCAGUGUUGUUUAUUAUUGAGAAUCCUGGUUGCUACUGAUUGUAAAUGACUGCUGAAGUGGGUUUGUCUCUACUAUUAAUGGGACAUUGUGAUGACAAAGCUUGCCUUGCCAGUGACCCGAAGCCUUAUAUUAGCUUUCUGACUCAACACUUCAGAUGGAAACGAAGACAUGAACCCCAUGCAAGCCACAUACACUGACCACUGAGAUGAGAAGAAGACCUUUUGUUCAUGAAUAUGAAUGUGUUUCCUGAAACAUUCGUUCUUUUUUCAUUUAGCUGUUUCCCACUUCUUACAGGGUGUAAAUAGAAAUAAAAGAGUGUAUCUAUACUGACCAUUCUACUUUAAAUGAUAGGGUCUCAUAAUAAAAGCCAACUGUACAUUUUUGAA